CUCCUCUGUGAAGGUCACAGAGGACUUAGUCUGGACCCUGCGGCUUGCAGGGGCCAGGCUGCUGGUGGCAGGUGCGUGCUUCCAGUGGCAGGGGUCGGGGAAGCAUGCAGACGUGAGCCGGGCUGGCGAGCUGUCUGUGCUCGGUGCUGCUUGUUUGCGCAAGACCGCCGCUUCAGGAAGGGAAUAGACUACAGAAUUUUCCAAAAGAGCCACCAAAAUUUUCUUCUGAACAGCAUCUACUAAGGUCCUUGAGAAGUGUGUGGUGGUGGACUCUCGGAAGUGAAGGAUGGUGAAGCGGAAGUGCAUCUGUGAUCUCUGCUCCUGCGGGCGGCAUCACUGUCCACAUCUCCCUACGAAGAUUUAUGACAAAACAGAGAAACCAUGUCUCCUCUCCGAGUACACCGAGAAUUAUCCUACCUACGAGUCUUACCUACCAAGACAUUCCUUUAAACCCAUACGGGUUUACCAGAAGGGAGAUGUACCAAUGGAAGGCCUGACCACAUCCAGGAGAGAUUUUGGGCUUCACAAAAUGAUACCAGUGAAAUUCCAUCAACAUGACCCAUACAUUCCAAGCGAAGAGAGUAUGGAUUUACUCACAACGUAUAAACACGAUUUUAACUACCUCCCUGUCUGUCAAAUUGGCUCCAUCAAACCCCGGGACAGUAAAUUUCUGAAUGGUGACAAGAUACAGUAUCUGCCUACUUACAAAGUCGAUUAUUUACCUUGGAACCAGCCGAAACGAGAGAUGCUUCGUCCACCACACAAGUACCGGCCAGAAUCUACCAGGUUUGAAAACAGAACCACACAUCAGGAUGAUUAUACCAUGAAAGGCCUUGUGACUACUGAGAGCUGUAAGCCUCUGACCAAACCAAAACUCUGUAACAUUCCCUUGGAGGAUCUGACUAACUACAAGAUGAGCUAUGUGCCCCACCCUGUAGAGAAGCGCUUUGUUAGAGAGCCUGAGAAAUUUAGACCCUGUGACAUCCCCUUUGAGAACCUGACCACCCACAAAGAGUCCUACCGAGGCCUCCUAGGGAAACCAGCCAAGAGCUUAAAACCUCCAGCCAGAUGCCCUGUGCAAGACAUACCUUUUUCAACUACCACCGAGUUUCAAGAAAAGUACCAAGCUUGGGCAACACCCCAGAUAGUCUCCAAGGCUCCCAUUACCUAUGUCCCUCCUGAGGAGAAGAUGGAUCUCCUGACAACUGUGCAGACCCACUACAGAUAUCUCAAGGGGACCCCUGCUCAAUCUUGCCGACCUGUGCUUUCCAUUAAGAAGAACAGUCACUUUGAAAGUUGUACCACCACCAAGGAUGACUUCAAGCAGUGGACAGCUGUGAACACAAAGCCAAUCAAACCCAUUCCUCAUCUGACCCUUCCUGUUGAGCCUUUAGACUGCCAGACUACCACUAAGAUCUGUUAUGUGCCCCACCCGCCUACCACUACUAAAAAUUACAAGCCCCCCUGGGUUGGCCUUCGAAGAAACAUCCCUGUGGAAGGUCAGACCACUUACUCCAUUAGCUUUACUCCCAAGGAAAUGGACAGGUGUCCAGCAUCAUACACAGAACCUCCCGGCUACGUCUUUGAGGAAGUGGAUUCCAUGGGGCACAAGAUAUAUAGGUCAAUUUCUCAGACAGGUUCUGAGCAGAACAGCUGUCUUUCUGUAAAUGAUGCAGAAAAGUCUGGCCAGAAGGAACUGGAAGUGUCAGCCUGACUUUGAAAAAAUAUUUAAAAAAUGCAUAGUACCUUUAAAAGCAGACACCUAAAAGUUAUUCAUUGAAGAAGAAUUUCCCAAAACAACAAGAAAAAUUAAAACACCUAUCUCAGAAUGAAAAAUGUUAUCAC